UCAGUGGUACAACACACUUCACUCACUCUGCUCACACACACUGCGUGGACACACACUCACCAAACUCUAGAAACACACGCAAGCUAAUUUUUUGUUAAGCCUGUGAAGAUGCCUUGUGUCAGCGCUCGCCACCAGAUGGUUAAGAUGCCUUGUAGCUACGACUCGCUGGUUGAUAAAGUCCUUGCGGUUGAGCUGAUCCUGUCAGAGCUCAGGCUGAAUAAGGAAGACCUAAAAGAGAUCAUGAAGAGGCUGCAGCGCGAAAUGGACAGAGGACUGCGUUUAGAGACACAUGAAGAGGCUAGCGUCAAAAUGCUUCCAACUUAUGUCUGCUCCACCCCUGAAGGAUCAGAGGUUGGUGAUUUCCUGGCUCUGGACCUGGGGGGCACAAAUUUCCGUGUGAUGCUUGUGAAAGUGGGCGAAGAUGAUGAGAGGAGCUUCAAGGUGGAGACAAAGAACCAAAUGUACUCCAUUCCUGAAGAUGCCAUGACGGGGACUGCUGAAAUGCUAUUUGACUACGUAGCAGAGUGUAUGUGAUUCUUGGACAAACACCAUAUCAAACACAAACUUCCUCUGGGUUUCACUUUCUCCUUUCCAGUACGACAUGAGGACAUUGACAAGGGAAUCCUGCUUAACUGGACCAAAGGCUUCAAGGCUUCUGGUGCAGAAGGCAACAAUGUUGUGGGUUUACUCAGAGAUGCCAUCAAGAGACGGGGGGACAUGGAGAUGGAUGUGGUAGCCAUGGUGAACGACACAGUUGCCACCAUGAUCUCCUGCUAUUACGAAGAUCGCAGCUGUGAAGUUGGGAUGAUUGUUGGCACCGGUUGUAAUGCAUGUUACAUGGAAGAGAUGAGGACUGUGGAACUGGUAGAAGGGGAGAAGGGCCGGAUGUGUGUGAACACUGAGUGGGGGGCUUUUGGAGACAACGGAGAGCUAGAGGAGUUUAGACUGGAGUACGACAGAGUGGUGGACGAAGCCUCAAUUAACCCCGGGCAGCAACUAUAUGAGAAGCUUAUCAGCGGGAAGUACAUGGGUGAACUGGUGAGGCUUGUUAUGAUGAAGCUGGUGAAUGAAGACCUGCUGUUUAAUGGUGGCUCAGAGCUGCUGAAGACACGUGGAAGCUUUGAGACACGCUACGUCUCACAGGUGGAGAGUGACACCGGGGACAGAAAAAAAUCUUACAACAUCCUGUCCUCACUGGGAGUUCUGCCCUCAGAGCUCGACUGUGACAUUGUGCAUCUGGUCUGUGAGAGUGUUUCCACUCGCUCUGCUCAUAUGUGCGCCGCAGGGCUCGCUGGCGUCAUCAACCUGAUGCGGGAGCGACGAACGCAGUGAGAAGCCCUGAAAAUCACAGUGGGAGUUGAUGGAUCUGUCUAUAAGUUGCACCCCAAUUUCCGUGACAGGUUCCACCAAGUCGUCAGGGACCUCACUCCUCACUGUGAGAUCACCUUCAUCCAGUCAGAAGAGGGGAGCGGUCGUGAGCAGCUCUUAUCUCAGCGGUGGCCUGUAAGAUGGCAACAAAUCUUAAUUAAGGGCAUUUAUGCACUAAUCGGUUUCCUGAAUGGGCGAUGGUGAAGAAAGCCUGAACUCCGAUUGGAGAAAUCCACAGAUGUGCAGUUACCAUGGCUGUUUGUAAGCAAACUGAUCCCCUAUUAGUGUAAGGUGUAAGGACAAGAAUGCAUCCAAACUCUUUUUGAACUCUUAUUAGAAACUGUAUGUGGUAGUAUUAGGCCAGAUUUUAGCAAAUACAUGAUUUCUGAAAUUUCUGAAUGUUGUUGUCGAACAUAAAAACAGAAGUUUACUGUGAGAGCUCAUUUAACGUUCAUGCUUCUCGUGUGUCACUUCCUGUUGGUUGAGUGACCUAUUGAUGAUAAUGUAAUAUAAUACAGCUUACACUGGUUCAUUGUACAACACAAGCAUUUUGUAAAUACUGCUGUAAAUUAUGACUCUAAAUUAAAUUCAUUGCUUUGUUGUGUAAUUCCUGUUGGUGAGCAAUGAAAUAUGUCUUUGGUAUUGUAUAUUUAAAUAUUAUGUUUACAGCUUGUGUAACUCUGUUAUCCAGUAUUGUGUUUUUCUUUAAAUGUGCUUUGGAUGUGAAUAAACUGUAACUGUACAUUAAAAGUGCUUAAUAAACAAUUAAAGUUUAUGUUUCCUUUCAGUAA